AUGAUUAGUCCGAAACGCAGAGAUAGAGAGACCGUUCCCUGCGAUUUCUGCCACGAGCAGAUUGCCAUUCUCUAUUGCCGAGCCGACUCGGCCAAGCUGUGUUUGUUUUGUGACCAACAAGUCCACUCUGCCAACGCCCUCUCACGCAAGCACCUCCGCUCUCAGAUCUGCGAUAACUGCGGAUCUGAACCCGUCUCCGUUCGCUGCUCCACUGACAAUUUGGUGCUCUGUCAAGAGUGUGACUGGGAUGCCCAUGGGAGUUGUUCUGUAUCAGCGGCACACGAUCGGAACCCUAUUGAAGGGUUUUCUGGGUGUCCUUCAGCUCUUGAGCUCGCUAUGGCUUGGGGUUUUGAUAUUGAAGAUAAGAAGCCCCAGUUUAACUUAGAGUCGGUCUCGAAUUGGGCCUUUCAGGAGUCAAUAAAUAAUUUGAAUGGUGAUGGGCAUAUUGAUUCGUGGAUGUACAAGGCCAUUCCACCUGUUACGAUGCAAGAUCUGAUGGUUCCGAACGAGAAUGGGGGGAUUUAUGGAAGCGAGAAUUUGGGGGAGAUGGUUAAGGGAUUGAAGAGGCAGAGUCUGACUUGUGGAAAACAAAAGCAAGUGAUAUUGAGACAGUUGAUGGAGUUGUACAAAAGUGAUUUAGUGGAUGGUGGUGGUGGUGGUUUUGGUGGAGGUGGAGGUGGAGGGGAGGAUUUGGUUCCGGGAACUCCUCAUAGGAGGGGUUGUGGUUGGCAGGGGAAUGUGGAAGGUUGUGGAUUGGAAGAUGUGGGUGCUGGAGAUGCGAAUGUCGCGAAUCAAUCAGUUCAGCGGCAGCUGCAACCACAACAAAAUACUCCGUUUACAUCUUUGCUUAUGAUGAAUAGUCAGGUGGAUUUUAAAGGGAGCGAUCGGAUCAUUGAUGGGGAUAUGUUGUGGGACUCCAAACCUAUUGAUCACAGAACUCAGAUAUGGGAUUUUAAUUUGGGGCGGUUAAGGGGUCAUGAAGAAUCUGGUUCAUUAGAAGCAGAGUAUGGUGGAAGCGACUCGGUAUUUAUGAUGAAAAGUUAUGGUGAACUGUUGAAAGAAGCUUCCUUGGAAACCACAAAAGGGUUGGGAGAAAUUUACAAGAUGAAUUCCUCCACUGCACAUGCAGAUAUCACAGCUUUUAAUGUAAGCCAUUUUGAUAGUGGUGAUAGGUGA